AUGCGCUGGGACUUGGUACAUGCUCUUGCCCUUGUACAGUUAGCUUCUGCAGGCCCUGUUCGGACAAGAGACACUGUUACAGCUCAGGUGAACUUCAAUAAUAACACCGGCACCCCGCAACAUCUUGCAUCUGGACUCUUGUAUGGAGUUCCUGAUACUCUGAACCAGAUUCCGUCCCACUUCUAUCAGAAUAUUGGGUACAAUUAUGAACGUGCUGGAGGCGCACAGGUCGCGGCUCCUGGCCGAGGCUGGAUCUGGGGCCUGACUGAGUAUCAGAACCGGUUUAAAUCAGCGCUUUCAAAUUAUCAGACGGCACGCGAGUACGGUGCAACAUUCAUUUUCCUGAUUCAUGAUCUCUGGGGUGCUGAUGGAAGUCAGAACUCGUCUGCUCCCUACCCCGGAGAUAAUGGAGAUUGGACUAGUUGGGAUGCAUACCUUACCCAAUUGUUCUCCGAUAUCAAGGCCAAUGGCAUGACAACUGCGCUUGUCGUUGAUAUUUGGAACGAGCCAGACCUUACAGCAUUCUGGAAUCGUGAUCAAACACAGUACCUGCAGAUGUGGGGUAGAACAUACCACAAGUUCAGGAAUGAGUUCGGUACUGCUGUCCAGCUCUCUGGGCCAGCCAGUGCCGGUGAACCUCUUUCUACCAACACGUGGUGGAAGGCAUGGGCUUCCUUCGUCGCCGGUAAUAGCUCGAUCCCAGAUCAGUAUGCUUGGCAUAUGGAAGGAGGUGGUGGAGACCUUCUUUCAGCACAAGCAGGCCUCAACUACUGGCGCUCGACUUAUAACCUCCCGGCAAAACUGAUCAACAUCAACGAAUAUGGCGUCUACGAUGAGCAGGUUCCCGCUGGAUCUGCUUGGUGGAUCAGCCAGCUAGAACGCAUCAACGCCCAUGGUCUGCGCGGGAACUGGCUAAGCGGAACUAAUCUUCAUGACGACAUGGCCUCUCUCUUGGGUAAAUCUGGAUCCACCUACCACCCCAACGGAGACUAUCAGGUGUACAAGUACUACUAUCAGAACAUGACUGGCUAUCGAGUUGGAACACUUCCUUCUUCGGACUUGAAGUUGGAGGCAUAUGCGACCGUUGGCUCGGAUUAUGCUCGUGUGCUAGUUGGGGUUCGAGUCGCCACGGGCACCUGGGAGUUGGAGCUGAACUCGCUAUCUUCUCUUGGAUUGCCCACCAGCGGAACCCUCAAUGUGCAUACCUGGGGAUUCCCUGUAGCCUCUGAUGUGCACAAUGGAGAGGUGGAUGGGCCGACUGAUCUGGGCUGGUACGGCCAUGCCUAUUCGGGAAAUACCGUUACCUUCCCUGUUUAUCAGACGGACGAGGUGACUGCAUAUGUUUUCGAGUUUGCCAUCUAA